AUGAGUACCGAAAGCCAACAAACGAAAGAACCCUCUCAAGAGGAGGAAAGAUUCUGGAAUGAUUUUGACAGGCAGUAUUUUAGCUCACCUCAUCCAUCAUUGGUUUUAUGCUUAAAGAAUCACAUAUGGCAUACAAGACAUAUUUCCUCUAAAAUAACAAAAUAUUUAUCAUCAAAAGGCACAGUAAAAAAGAACUUGAAAAAAAACAAUACCAUACACCUUAGAUCAGUAAAGUUCCCACUGAGACUGUCAAGCACUGAUAAAACGCUGUUUAACCCGAUUGUAAACCCUACUACCGAUGGCAUUUUUAGAUAUUUCAGUUCUUCAACAUCACUAUCGAGUGAACAGUUUCAAGGAUUGCUCGAAAACGAUAAUGUUUACAAACCAUUGGUAAGCCCGAAACAUGAUUCAAACCAGAGACUCCCAACAAUAUACUCAUCUCCGUUGCCUGACGCCAUACAUUUGACCUUGUAUGUACCUAAAGUAAGUCCUAAAACAGAUUCGGAUAAGAAAGAAAAGGAAAAAGAUAAACCUAAGUUACCUGACAAGAGUAAAGAUGAACAUAAAGAAAAGAAGGAAAAAGAAGAUACGCAAAAAUUAGAUGAAGUGGAAGCAAUAAAUAACUUUGUAGACUCGUUUAAAAGCCUACAGCUCUUGAAAAAUCAAGAAGUACCACAGAUAAUAAGUGGUCCGAAUCCAAGUUGGUUUGUGAAAGGGAAAGGAAGGUUUAAAAAGGGAGUAGAUUUAGGUCCAAAAUAUAAAAAAUGCGAUAAAUUGGUCAAAAAUCCCCAUGGAUUAUUGUCUGACCCAGUGUGGCAGCAUUUUAAUACAAACUACGUAAAUGUGCCUGUAAAAGGAAAUGAUAACAUGUUUUCAUAUGAUGAUAAUACUAGAAACCAAAAUAAAGUUGCUAAUAAAACUAAAACGAACGAACAUGAAGAUAUCAAAGAUGGAACAGACCUACUUAAUUAUCACAAUAUGUGUGAUAUGAAUACUUGCAGAGUGGAUUACAGUCCACUUCUAUUUACAUUCGUUUCUAGUAAAAGGUCGCUUUUGUGUAAAAGGUGUUUGGGGUUUCCCAAGUUGUUUUGCAAUUUGUGCAAAAAUCUAAAAGGCUCUAGCACAGCAAUAUUCUCUUCCCAGUAUAUAUCCGAUGAAAAGUAUCACAUGACCUAUAACCUGUUGGAUUUGUUCAAAUUACGCUCUAAUACAGAUGACUGUAUACAGACUUUUUACGUAAACCCAUAUAAAGGAAUGUAUAAUAAUCAGCCGAAUUUCUCAGUGUUAAACAAUGAUGAUUUGCAAAGCAAGGAAGAAGACGAUGAUACUAGCUUGAUAUAUAACUAUAUACAGACUUUGGAAAGUUUAAAUGCAGUGUUUAAUAAUCUCUUGAACAGAAUUGCAAACGAAUACAAACCCGACACCAGUAAAUGGCAUGAUAUUGAAUCAAAGAUGCUUGAGACAUACAUCGAACAGUAUAAUAAUAAGACAUUGGAUAAUAGGUAUACAUAUAGUGUCCAGAGACAAAGUUUAGAUGUACUACUCCUGAGAUUAAAAGUCAAUAAAAGCUCAGAUCUACCAUCAACUUGGACUGAUAGAGCACUGUGUAGCAUAUGCGGAACGGAUGAGGAUUGGGAUGACGACCCAAUACUAUUCUGUGACUGUUGCUAUAUACCAAUGCACUUUUGCUGUCUUGGAUACAAACCAGGCACACUAACUGACAUAAAACAAAAACUAAACGUGAAUAAAUUCCAUAGACUUAAUUUUUAUAACCAUUUGGCAAAUAAUAUAGAAAGGCCAGUUAAAAAAAUUAAGCUGGAUAAACUUGAUGAUUACAUGGAUAUGGAUGAGGACGAGUGGUAUUGCCCAGUGUGCACAUACCUCAUGGAGCAACUUGUGUUUUUGGAUGAAAAUCUAGUGAUGACGGCGAUCAGAAACAUAGCGGGCCCUAAAACACAACAACACUUGGAAAUGAUAAAUGAAAAUUAUACUUCCCAUAAAGUUGAUAAUGCGACCAGCAAAAGCAAAGACAAUAAAACUGGUAAUACUAAACCUAAUGAUCAGUCAAAACAAAGUAAAGACAACAGAGUUAGUGAAAACGCUUCUGUUAAAGCUAAAGAUGAUAUAUUUAAACGCAAACUGCCUAUUAUACUGGGAUUCGACUAUGAUAACCCAUCGGAACGUUCAUUCAUAACAGUCCACCCAUCAAACCAAAAUAAUAUUUCUAGUUUAGAAAAACUGAAAGGGGAUAAAGAAUCUUUGAAUGAAACAUCAAAUGAAAAGAAGUUAGAAAAACUAAGCAUACUAAAUUUGUAUAACGGUAAAAAAGAAAGUGUAAUGUUCAACCAAAACAACGUGUCAGACCCAAAAAUCUUCUGUAAAAAUCUGUUAUCAAAGAAGGGAUUAUAUUUUGAGAAUAACUUUUGGCUGUUAUUAUCCAGAGCAAACUUGACGGGAAUCCAGGAAUACCUAAACUAUCACACAUACGAAGAAUUAUAUCUAUCUAGACUAGUUCAACAGGAUAAGUUAAUACAAUCAACAAAAUAUUCACCAAAGAAAAGGUCAAAUAGCAUUACAAGUAAAUCGUCAUCAAGCAGAUCAUUGUCAUUAAACAGUUUGAAGGAUUCUGUACCAGUGAAAGAAGAUGAACCUCCAACUAAGAGUAAAAAGAAGGAACCAGAAACACAACUUAAAAAAGAAAAAGAUCAUUCAUUAGAUGAAGAACCAUCUUUGAAAAAACAAGAAUUAAAGUCUGCUCAAAAUAUCAAUUGUAAAAACCCCUUGAAAAAAAUGUAUUUAUCACUGGACCUAAAACUUUUAUCACAAUCCACAAAUUUCACUUUGAACAAAAAUGGCCAUGAAACAGUCCAAAAAAAUAAAAAUGGCCAUGAAACGGUACCAAAGAAUAAAAAUGGCCAUGAAACGGUCCAAAAAAAUAAAAAUUCUAUGAAAAAGGAACAUGAAAAGAAAGAAAAUGGUAAGAAAGAUUUAGGAGAAGUUUAUCUAGUAAUUAAAGUACCGGUUUGUAUAUUUUGUGGAUUUGAUGCAUUCAUACCAGGAGGAGGACCGAUGAAAAGAACAAGUAAUUCAGGAACAUGGGGCCAUAUCAAAUGUGCAUUAGCAAAUGAAUGUACAAUUGAGCCUGAUGAAAUUAAUUACGGGACAUUCUUGCCAAAGAUAAAGGCUCUGAAGUGUAUAUUCUGCAAUAUCUGGAGCACGUCAGUAAUCCAGUGCAGUUAUGGAAACUGUUGCAAAGCGUUCCACGUCCCUUGCUCCUCCUCAUCACCGAAUUGUCUUUUUACAUGGGAUACAAAUGGGAAACCAGAUGUUUUGUGUCCGAUUCACUCAAAAGGAUUGGCGCCAACGUCAUUGUUAAGGAAAUUACAAAUCCGUCUAAGUUUAAACAAGGACAAGGAUGGUAAGGAAAGAUCUGAUUACGAUAAGACAAGUCACCCAUAUAGUCUAACUGAAAAAAAUAAAGAAAAGAAAGAAAAGUCUAAACAUGAAAAACAAACUGAAAAAAUAGAUAAACGUAGAGCGGAUAGAGAGAAAUACAAGAUUGAAGGCCAGAAUGAUAAAGUUUACAAGCCAAAACUGGAAGAAAAGACCAAAGAGAGAGAUUCCGGAAAUAAAAAGGGUAGUAGAGAUGCAAUUGAUAAUAUCUGCGUUAACGAGAAUUUGUACCUGAAUCAUUUCCUGAGACCAAAUUACAGUAAUCUGACCAAAUUAUUAGAGUUGCUGUUAAACGAAAAGGUGGGAACGAUAUUCCAGUCAAACAUGUCCUCAAAUUAUUAUAAAACGGAAGUAAUGCCAAGGUAUGCAAGUAUAGUAAGUAAUGUUACGAGUGAUCGGAGCACAACAAGAAGCGUUUCAAACAAGUUCUACAACAUGGAUGAUUUAUCUAGCAAUGAAGAUGAUAUGAGUUUGUUAAAGGAGUUCGAUAGAGAAUAUGAUGAGUGUGUACCCAAUUUGGUAACUCCAAUAUCAGUUCAUACAAACUCCAAUACAGAUUCAACCUUCUCAUUAAAUAGUGACAAAUUAAGCAGACAAAACAGUACGAGUUCACAAAACACUAGUGAUAGUGCAGCAGUUGAUACUAGUAGUAAUAUGGAUAUUAGUAGUAGAGUCAACAGCACCAAAUCGGAGGAAUCCGAUCACUCAGGCACUGAUAAAUCAAAUACAUUUGAUUACCAGCUGCCAGAUGAAGAGCUAGAAACUGACGAUGAUUUAGUUUUAUCAAGGAAAAGCACAUUGAUAGAAAACCAAGAAACCGUUGAACAGAAUCACACCGAAGGAAAGUGCCCAUUGAAUAACAUUAAUAAGAAUAACUGCUUUUGGUGCUGUUUAGGAUUCGAUCUCAAAAAUCACAAUAGACAUGUUUUUGACGACAAGACACCCUCAUCCAAAAUGAUACUUAGUAUUUUGUAUAAUAAUAACCACAGCAAUGUUAACGCAAUCAAGUCAAUUAUUAAUUCAAAAUAUGAAAGUGCAGAAAAAAAUGAAACCAACACAUCUAAACCCCAGACAAAGUUAAAAAAUGAUGAAAAUGGUGAAAAGAAAUCAACCAAGACAAAAACAAAAGAAGAUAAUAGAGAAGAGUUCAAAAUACCCUGGAGCAUAUUAAGUAAUAUAAUAAUAGAUAAUGUAGUUGACGAUAAAAUUAAUACAUUUAUCAAUGGAGAUUUGGUUAACAAUAACAAGCUGGUUAAAAAGAAUGAUUUCCUAGUACAAAAAAUGGCAUCGGAAGCACUAGUUAGAUUAUUCAAUACAUUUGAGCCUGACUCUUCAAUGUUUGUGGUCAAGACGCUAUUUUCAAUCCUGAAGCAUGUGGACUUCAUACAUGAGAUUGACGACCUCUACGGAUAUAAUAACUUAUACUUUUGUAACCCAUCGCCCUCAAUUGACAAUUACAUGAGCUCUGACAAGUUGUUGGAUAAAAGACUAGACUUAAUUAAGCCAAGAAUUAAUAACGCGAUUCCAAAGCUUAAUAGCAUUAGCCCACUUUCAGAUCAGAGCAGACAAAUAAACGGUGAAAGUAAUACAAACCAAAAUUAUAGUGCUAGAAGUGAUAAUGUUCAACUGAACGGCAUGAAUAAGAACCAUAAGAAGACACAGAUGCAAUCCCAGCCCCAAAUCCAAGUGCAGGACCAAAAUCUCCUUUCAUUUAUUCAAACCACAAAUAGUUCAAAACCACUUAACCUCCCAGAAAGUCUAUCCAAGAUGGCGCCAUUAAUUAAAGACAUUUUUAAUAAAGAUAAGACUGAAAGGCUUAACAAUCCAAUCACACAACUAAAUCGUGUAGUUCCUACCACUAAUACUAUAACUCCAACUAAUACAAUGGAUAAGAAUAAGACAACUGAUGGUGUUAACAUAUUCAAUUCUCUCAACAAUAACGCCUCUGAAGUCAAUGGUAAUGACCAAAAGGAUAGAGAUGCCAAAAAAGCUUUGAAGGAAAGGAUUUUCAACAUGCUCAAACAAGUCAAUCAAGUUGAAAUAAUAAAGAUGGACAAGUCACUUUUGCCAAACUCGAUACUUCGAAAGUACAUAAACAACAAGAAAAUAACCAUUUGCAAAGUAUGCCUGGAAUUCAAGUAUAUUGAAAACGAUAUUGAUAAUAAUAAGAGGAAGAGGAACAUAUAUAACGAGUCAUACAGGAAGUGUAUCAACUGCAAUGUUGAAGUUUGCAACUCUUGUCUCUCGGUUAAUAAAACGGACUUUGAACACCUGACCAACUCCUCAACAAUGAUAAUUGGAGACUACAUAGGACAAGAUGUAGACGAUUUUUAUUUCUCCUGCAUAAGAUGUAAAGAGUUCUCAGAAAACCUUCAAAUGCCACUUCUCAACUGUGUUCUCUGUUCAAGAUACGAUGGCUUAAUGCUCAAGAUAAACUCAAAAUUACUAUCAUUUGUACCAUCAAGGACUAGUUUUUGGAAUAAUUAUAGCUAUGUACACUUGGUUUGCCUAGAGUGGCUUUACUGGAGUAAGAACGCGCACAACCAUUCAAAGAAAUUAAACAAAACUAUCUUUGAGCAGAACUGUAACUACUGCGGGAUCCAAACAGGCGCAACAGUAACUUGUUCCAACACUACAUGUAUAUCAAAAUUCCAUCCAUCAUGUGCAGCUUUUUUGGGUUGUAAAAUAGAUGUUGGAAAAAAGAAUGAAAGUUUGAUUGGAGUUAAGAGAGCAUUAUGUUUAAGGCAUACAUUAAUAAGUAUUUGUCGAACUUCAUUGUCUGAACGUAAAUUCAUGGUCGCACCAAGUUAUUUGUACGAAGUUCUUGUUAAUAAUAACUAUUUCACAUCCUUCUUCAGAGGAGUUUACCUUUCCCCAAAUUGUAUAAAUAAUAGAACUAAGCUGACAACCAGAUUCAAAAUUAAAAAGAAGUCUAGAAGCCUAGACUAUAAGAACAACUUAUCCAUUAUGAAAAUGGCAUCAUAUAUUAACUAUGGCUUAAUUAUCAACAAAACUCCACAAAUGUACGAUUUAACCAUAUCCGAAGCAAUUGCAAGAGACCGCUUAAUACAGGGCAUGAAUUAUAUCUUCUAUCAACAGAAAUCUCCAAAUCAUAUCAACUUCUACAAUCAAUCAUAUAAGGAGAGUAAGGAAAAUAGUAUCAAAGACAUCAAAAAUAUCAUUACUCUGAUUAAAAAUGGCUUACUCAAGCCCAUUCAAGGAAGUAAGAGAGGGAGGAAACCAAAGUCGCUUGAUGGUUCAGAUGUUGAUAAGAGGCGAAAGAUGUCCAUGGAGGAAAUUCUUAGGUAUGCUCAUUCUGGAAUCUUGGAUAACGGUGACUACUAUUGUCCUGUUUGCUUUUCUAUUUAUUUUGAAAAUUCCCCUGGUCUUCCUGGUGAUGAGCUUCAUUGGAUUGGCUGUGACAAAUGUGAGCGUUGGUUUCAUUUUGUGUGUGCUGGUGUGUGGGUGGAUUUUAGAGAUAAGGAUUCUUGGUAUUGUUAUCACUGUUCAAACGCUUAA